GCGACCCUUCGACUGGGCCGAGGUCGUAAGAAGGACGAGCGGGAGCGACGAGUGGAGGAACUCUUGAGGGAGCUGAGCCUCCUGGACUGCGCCUCCACCCUCAUCGGGUCGCCUGGGAGGCUGAAGGGCAUCUCCGGAGGCGAGAAGAAGCGGCUCGCCUUCGCGUCCGAGGUGAUCACCGACCCCCCGCUCCUCUUCUGCGACGAGCCGACGACCGGCCUCGACAGCCACAACGCGGUCCGCGUGACCCGGCUCCUCAAGGCCCUGGCCGAGCGGGGGAAGACCGUCCUCUGCACCGUGCACCAGCCGAACUCGGAGCUCUUCGGGAUGUUCGAUCAGCUGAUGCUCGUUGCAGAGGGGAGGAUUGCGUUCCAGGGG